CCUUACAUUUUGCUAUAUAAACCCUAAGAAACUCAUCAGAAACCUCAACAACAUACAAUACGUUCCAUAGAAUCUAGAGAGAAAAAGAGAGGAGAGAGAGAGAGAGAGAGAGAGAGAGAGAGAGAAAGAGAUGUCGAGAGUUUUAUCAGUCGUUUGUGUCCUGCUCGCUAUGUCGUUCAUCUAUGCACGUGCUCGUCACGUGCCGGGAGUGUCUGACGAGGGCACGACGACGACACAUGACGAUACAGCAACAAUGCCCAUGCAUGCAAAAGCAGCUGAUCAGUUACCACCAAAGAGCCUCGGCGACAAAAAGUGCAUCGGGGGAGUCGCUGGAGUCGGUGGAUUCGCCGGAGUUGGUGGUGUUGCCGGCGUGGGAGGUCUAGGGAUGCCACUUAUCGGUGGUCUAGGUGGGAUCGGUAAAUAUGGUGGGAUAGGCGGUGCAGCUGGAAUCGGUGGAUUUCACGGUAUAGGCGGCGGGUUAGGCGGAGCAGGAGGCGGUGUUGGCGGCCUAGGUGGUGUAGGAGGCGGCGUUGGCGGUCUUGGUGGAGCAGGAGGUGGUUUAGGAGGGGGUAUUGGUAAAGCAGGCGGUAUUGGUGGUAUUGGCGGUCUAGGCGGUCUAGGCGGAGUUGGUGGUGGUGGUAUCGGCAAGGCAGGUGGUAUCGGUGUCGGUGGUGGUAUCGGCAAGGCAGGCGGUAUCGGUGUUGGUGGCGGUAUUGGAGGUGGACACGGCGUGGUCGGUGGUAUACUCGAUCCACAUCCUUGAUGAAGAAGAUAUAAAGCUAUAUUUGUAGAGAGAGUUUUUGUUGAUUAGGGUUUGGUUAAGGAAUAAUUAUUUAGUUCGGAUGUUAUUGUUGUUUUUUUUAAUAAUUAGGUGAUCAUUAGUGUGACUUGUGAUCUAUUCUCUCGUUUCGGUUUUCAUUUUGUAAUGUUUGCUUCGAUGUCGGGUCUUACGUACGUUAUGUAAGGUGUAACUCUCUAUGUGUUAAUCGUUUUGGUUUAUGAGGUU